UGUAUCAGUUCCCACACGAAGAACCCACCGCGGUGCUCAUCCAAAGAAACGGUGAAUUACGGAGGAAUUAACCUGGAUGGUACGCGACUCGCAGUGGGAUUAAUUGUCGGGAAGACCGCGGGAAGGGAAUGGACUUGUGUCGGGCUUGAGACGGCACCGAUUUAAAAAAAAAAAAAAAAUGCCCUCCGGACUGGGUUGUUUUCGAUGUGGACGGUUAUCUCCAAGUGUGAUGGCAGAAGUCCAGUGAAUCGCUGGCCUCCCCUCCUCUCUUGUGUUGGAUGUCUUGGGGGAGUGCUUCUGCCACUGGUUUCUGGUGCUUCACAUUUUCAUAGAGGUUUUUUUAUUUUUUAUUAUUGUAAAUCAAGCCCAUUGCUCUGAUUAGUUCUUUCUUUUAUGGAGUGCACACCACCAUGGACGGAGCGGUGUUUGGAAUAGGAGUGGCUAGUUAAGUCGGACACUAUGUGGUUCAAUGGGACAGGAACGAGUACACCGUGAGGAUUCUCUAACCCCUGCCCCUGAGUCCCAACCGUCGGAGAGGGUGUCGGACCUCACUGAGGCAAUCCUGGGCCGUUGGCACUAAAAUGUCCCUAAGUGGUGGCACUGCAGGCGGGAAAGGUGUGGACUCGAAUGCGGUGGACACUUACGAUAGCGGGGAUGAGUGGGAUAUCGGUGUUGGAAAUCUGAUUAUCGACCUUGACGCUGACUUAGAGAAGGACAAACUUGAGAUGUCUGGCACCAAGGACGGCAUGGCGGCACCACCCAGUGCAGUGGCAGCGUUGCCUGACAACAUUCGGUUUGUUAGUCCCGUGUCUGGCUCUCAAGGCAAGGAGAGCAAAUCCAAAUACAAGCGCAGUAAGAACUCUAAAGACAAUAGUAGCAAAGCUUCAGCAGGAGAUGGGGGCAAAAAAGAAAAUACAGGACGGACUCAAGGGGAGCCAACAGGCACAGCAGCGGGUGCAGGAGCCGCUGGCAACAACACCACCUCUGGAAAGAACAUGGAAAAAGGAGGCAAAGCCUCCAGAGGUGUUUUGGGUGGGAAAAAAGAGAAAGAAGGGGGAACUGGGAAAAGUAAGAAGGACAAAACAGAAAGCGCCCCGGUUGUGGCGAUAGCUGCUGCAGAAAAGGAUGUCGUGUCUCAAGCCCAAGUUGCUUUGGGAAAUAGUCGUAACGCGUCCUUUGAGAACACACAAUCAACAGACUUGGCAGAUGCCAAUCAAAUGGGGAAUAUUGCACUUGAACCUGUUGGGAUAGUACCAGCAUUGACCACAAAAACUGAACCAGAGGAAGUGGAGAAUGGAAAUACUGAAUGCAAGACAUUGAAGAAGGUGAAAAACGAAAAAAUGGAGUCCCCUGUCUCCACGCCAGCCCCUCCCCCUCUCCACCUCCUGGCCACGGUAGGCAACAGUGAGAUCUCCUCGCCGUGUGAGCAGAUAAUGGUGCGCACACGCUCCGUGGCGGUGAACACGUCCGAUGUGGCCCUGGCUACCGAGCCUGAAUGCUUGGGACCCUGCGAGCCCGGCACCAGUGUCAAUCUGGAAGGAAUAGUGUGGCAGGAAACGGAAGACGGCAUGCUGGUGGUCAAUGUUACCUGGAGAAACAAGACAUAUGUUGGCACCUUGUUGGACUGUACACGACACGACUGGGCUCCCCCUAGGUUUUGUGAAUCCCCUACAAGCGAUCUUGAGAUGAGGAAUGGCCGUGGUCGAGGCAAGCGAAUGAGACCCAACAGCAACACACCUAUCAACGAGAACAGCAACUCAUCGGACAACAAGGGCACCACCAACAACAAGACACGGGCUGCCUCUAACAGUAAGGGCCGGAGGGGAAGCCAGACACCAUCAGAGCGUCGCACCCCUCCUAACAGCAACACAGAGGACAUUAAAGCCAGUCCCUCCUCAGCUGGAAAACGCAAGACCAAACCAGCCUCAGACAUGGAACCUAAUUCUAGCUCAGAGGACACCAAAGGCAACAAACGUAUGAGGACAAACUCGAACAGUGGAGGGGUGGGACCAACAGGUCUCCCCAUCCCUUCAAUAAAAACGGAGCCCCUCCCACCUCCUCUUGAUCGCAGCUGCCCCUCUCCUGUUCUUAUUGACUGCCCACACCCUAACUGCAACAAAAAAUACAAGCACAUCAAUGGUCUUAAGUACCACCAAGCGCGUGCCCACAAUGAUGAUGACGUAAAGUUAGAGUUGGAUGGAGAUAGUGAAUAUGGAGAGGAUUCAACUCUCCACCCUGAACCAGGAAACUGUAAUGGAGCAUCCAUCUCCCAGAAAGGAUGCUUAUCCCCAGCACGUUCAGUAACUCCAAAAGGAAGAAACUUUGAUGCUCAAAGUCCUUCACCUUCACCUGGAAAGUUUGGUUCAAAGCAGAGUAAAAAGAAAAUGGCUGAGAUAGAUCCAGAAACUGGUGGUACACCAAUGGAUGGGUGUGAUGAUGGGCUAUGCCUCACUGAUGAGGCCAGCAAUGAUGGUAUAGAUGAUAAGAGGGGAUCAGACAAGUCCAAGAAGGUUACUAAAGCUGAUAAAAUUGCCCAGAAAAACAUGAAGUCCCCAAGGCCCAUUGGCCCUGGUUCUACUGCAUCACAGCAAAUGUACCCUUUUCCUCCGGGAAACCCAAAUUCUUCCCCUGGGCUUACCCCAAUGAUACAAGGAAUCCCCAAGAGUCCCACAAUGAAAGGCACACAGCCUAAACCCCCAGCCAUUGGAGAUCCUGCCCCAAGUGGCUCCAAAGACAAGAAAAAGAAAGACAAGAAGAAAAAAGAUAGUGUGAAGGAGGCUGACAGCCCCAAGCCUUCAGGGAAAGGAGGAAAACUGGAGGAAGGAAAGCUUCCGUACCCUGAACCUCCUGAUCAAGGAAAUAAAGGAGAAGGACUCCUGAAUGGUUCAUCAGAUCCUCAUCAGAGUCGCUUGGCCAGUAUGAAGGCUGAAGCUGACAAGAUUUACAGCUUUUCUGACAAUGCCCCUAGCCCAUCCAUUGGUGUAGCCAGUCGGAUAGAUGGUAGUGGAAUGCCGCAGCCUCUCACACCACUUCAUGGGGUGAACCAGAAUGGUGCUGACAACUCAUCGGUCAAAACCAAUAGUCCAGCAUAUUCAGAUAUUUCAGAUGCUGGAGAGGAUGGUGAAGGGAAGCUAGAAGGUGUCAAAGUCAGGACAGAGGACCAAGCCAUUAGGGAAAGUGUCAAAAAAGCGCUCUUUCCAAACCAGCCACCCAGCAAGGAUUCCCCUUACUAUCCUGGCUAUGAGAAUUAUUACUCACCCAAUUACGUCAACCCCAGUCCCGGUGGGCCAAAUCCAGGCACGCCAGUGGCCGAGGGUCAGGUAAAGAUUAAAAAGGAAGAUGACCUGGAUCAAGUUGAAGAAAAAGUCAAGGUUGAGGUUCAUGAAGACCGCAAACCUGAUGUCAGUGCUCCUGUGCAGCAGCAGCAGCAGCAGCAGCAACUGCAACCGCAGCAGCAACCGCAACCGCAGCAGCAACUGCAACAACCCUCAGUCAUCCAACAGCGAUCCAACAUGUACAUGCAACCUCUUUACUACAACCAGUAUGCCUAUGUCCCUCCAUAUGCUUACCAUCCAGAUCAAGCCUACCAUAACCACUUGAUGAACACCAACCCAGCCUACCGGCAACAGUACGAGGAGCGGCAGCGACAGAUGGCUGAACAGCAUCGGGCUGCUGAGAAAAAGUCAGACGUAGCCAUAAAAGAACGAGAAGCCUCUAUGAAGGAGGAGUGGAAACAGAAGAGCCCAAUGCCACCAAGCCUCUCAAAAACCUCGAGUCAGUCAGACCUUGGAAAGGCACCUCAGCCGCCAGGCAAAUCAAGGGACUCCUCCUCUGAGCCCUCCCCGAAAUCCAUGGGAAGCGUAAAGGGGGAGGACCCAAAGUCCCAGCAAGCUGAGGGGCUAAAGAUGAAGCUGACUGAAGGUGGGCACCAUGGAAAAGAGGACUCCAAGCAAGCACUGGAGUCCAGAGGUCAGGCAGGAAUAGAGCAGGCCAUGUGGUACAGACAGCAGUACCCUGAGAGCCAGAAGUCCCAAUCAGAGGAUGAACACCAGCAACAACAACCUCGAUGGAAAGAUGAAAGGGACAGAGAACGGGAACGCGAUCGUAAAUUAAAGGAAGACAGGCCCAGGCCCAAGGACAGUCAAAGUGGGCCAAAGGAGGAUGGCAAAGAGGGUAGUGAUCUCAGGAUCACUUCUGAGGACCACCGGGUCAUGAGCAAAGACUCUCGUUCUAACCCUCAUAUGCAGUUCUCAUCGCCACUAGCACAGCAUCAGGGCUACAUGCCCUACAUGCAUGGUUACCCCUAUGGACAAGGCUAUGACCCCAACCACCCUGGAUACAGGGGCAUGCCUUCGGUAAUGAUGCAGAAUUAUCCAGGCUCAUACCUACCUGGAGGCUAUCCAUUUUCUCCAUAUGGUGGUAAAAUAGCCGGAGGCGAAGAGGGCAGUGACAAAUCUCGCGUUAGCCCUACUGUCUCCAAAACAGCAACAGACUCCAAAGCUUUGGAUAUCCUGCAUCAGCACGCCAGCCAAUACAAGAGCAAAUCCCCCACAGUAGGUGACAAGCCACCACACGAAAGGGAGAGGGAGCAGGACAGAGGAGCUGGUGGGGACAGAGAUCGUGAAAGGGAGCGUGAGAGGGAAAGAGAAAGAGACGUGGACCGGCCACGAUCCUCACCCUCUCAACGCAUCAUGCCCUCGCACCAUCACCUGGGAUACCCGCUGCUCUCAGGGCAAUACGACAUGUCCUACGCCACGGGUCUCUCCUCAUCAGCUAUUGUUGCCAGCCAACAUGCAGCAACCCCCUCCCUCUACCCACCACCACGGAGGUGAGAACGGGAAACCUGACCGUCACACCUCAACCCUGCAAAGAUUCAUGUGACUGGCUCACAUGUGAAGAGAAUCUCCCGGGUGUUACCUUUUUAGACAUCAGUUGAAUGGUGUUUCUAUCUAUAUUUUUAGUUCUUCUGCCCUGAAGCGAGGCAGAUUGUCUUUUUUUUUUUUUUUCCCUCCUCCCUUCGUAAGUGACUCUGGAUUUUCCCAAACCUCGGACUUUAACAGGACUGGUUCAGGUUCAAAGCCAUCACUCUGCCUCAUCACGCAGAGGAAAACACCCGACCCGCUGGUUAUCUAGUCUUUGCACUGUCAACAAACACAAUGCAAAAAGAGACUAUUGGACUGCCAGAACAGCUUCUUUUCUUGUUUGUUUUUUGACUGCAUUGUUGUUUAUUUUGUCACAAGCAGAAAGAAAUUGGCAGGGCACGUUGGGGGAAUUGGGCGGCUGAUGGGAAAGGGGAGUCAAAGUGAAUGAAAGACUGAAAAGAAAAGUGAAUCAUAUUGAUAUGAUUUCAACUCUACGUCUUUGGCUUAUCGUAUGCCGUGAAACAACAAUAUAUCCUUAACUUGACAAACAUUGGGGCUAUAUUUCAUGGGGAGAGGGAAUAUGGCAACAGCUGCUUUCUUCAGAGACUUAAAGAGCCUGAGACUGAAGUCUUUUUCUUUCUAUUUUUACAUCUUCCAUCUUCAUUGCUGAUCCUCUCCAUCUUCUUUGAACCCUCACUUCUCGUUUCAGGGAUGAUGUCGUCAUGUUUUAUUGCGAAGGGACCGCGCACACCUCAAUGGAGAAUAAACACUAUUCACAUUUCCUUUCCUCGGUAAUACUUCAUAUCAUUGUGUUCAUCCUUGAAUGUGUCUGAUGCUGGUGUUAGCUCGGUUUGUCCUCACUAUGAAAGGCUCACGUCUGUCUCUACACUCACUCAAAUGUUGAAGCCACAAAAGCAAACAUGAAUUCACGGGGCGUUGUCGUCACUGCAUCAGGCCACUUUGUUGUUUUUUUGGUGUUUCACUGUAAGCCGUGUGCUUUGCUCACCAUGGACAGCAUGUUUUAUUGUAAACAAUGUGAAAAUUCAAACCAUGCAUUCUCUUGCUCUAAACAUACUUUAAGCCCACUUUUAGGUGCGUUAAUGUUUGCAUUUGUCCGACAACAGAAAAAAUCGACCAGUGUUAAAUAAUUUUGGGCCUUCUCAGCAUUCAACAUGAGGCUCUCAGAUCAUUAAAGCUGCACAGUUCAUCAGUGUCUUACUGUGCUGCUUAUUUGAAAUUGCUUUGGUUGUCAUGCUGCAAAUUCUCCCCUCAUUAUAUUUGCUUUACCUGUGCAUCGCCAUCAUAUCACACGCCCUUCAUCACAGCAUGCAGUGUGCAAUUAGACCUCUGAAUCGCUGUCAACAUCCCAGAUGUUUUUCAGCGAUUCAACGUCCACUCAAACAGUCAGAUCUUUUUUUAUUUUAUUUUUUUCGUCAGUGAACUGUGAAGUUGGUGCUUCGCUUGCUUGUGUGGCUUCACUAUAACACACAUUCACCUAAGACAGCUGUUAACAUUUUUUUUUUUUUUUAGCAGCUAGCUUUAGAUCAGCCUUUCAAAAGCCAUCAGCUGUGUGUAGUCGCUGCCUGUGCUGUAAGAUGAACCACUGGCACAUUGAACUUAAAGUGCAUGAAAUGACCCCAAAAACCUUUCAGCUGUUAACAAACAUGAACCGAUCAGCUGCAGAAAAUUAUCUCAAGAAGAAAAGAAAAGAAGAAAAAAAAGGAUAGCAUGUACCAGCGAACAGCUUGGAGCUAAAACAUGUGAAAUAGGACCUUGAUCAUGUACACAUGACUCAAACAGGAAGUCGCCCAAUCAGCAGAAAAAAAAAAAAA